AUGGCGGAAGAACAGAAAUGGCAAGAGCCUGCCGGAGGACACCUGCCGUGCGCAAAUAGUUGUGGCUUUUUUGGCAGCCCUACAACUCUUAAUCUUUGUUCCAAGUGUUAUAAAGACUAUUGCGUCAAGGAAGGGGAAACGAAAGAAGCCAAAAUCGCCAUGGAAAAAACGCUCAAUCAAUCGGAAUCCUCCUCAUUUUCAACUCCUUCAAGGCAAGAAUCAGUUAAUUAUACAAUUAAUCCGCACAUGAUACUAGAAAAGGUUCCGAUUUCCGCCGAAGCGGUGGCUGAAACUGAAAAAUCCGACACCUCCGUGGCCGUGGCGGCGCCGAAGCAGAUUAAACCUAACAGGUGCGCCGGUUGCCGGAAGCGCUUGGGUCUCACGGGAUUCAAGUGCAGGUGUGGGGUCAUGUUCUGUGGAUCCCAUAGGUAUCCUGAACAACAUGAUUGUACGUUUGAUUACAAGCAAUUGGGGAGGGACUCCAUUGCCAAGGCCAACCCUAUCGUCAAGGCUGAGAAGCUUGGCAAGAUCUGA